AUGUUCGCCUUAAAAAGUUUUUUACAAAAAAUCAUUAACAACGAACCUAAUAAUUCCGAUAUAUGUAUAAUCUGUCAAGACAGCAUUUCAUCAAACAUAAGUGAUUCUAUCACUAUACUUAACUGCCACCAUAUUUUUCACUAUGAUUGCAUUUUUGGUUAUCACAUGCACGACUAUCGCCCCAAUAUUUGUCCUAUUUGCCGCAAUGAAAAUGUACGAAGUACAUUAUCUAAAGUUUCAGCAAGUAGCUCUACUGAAACACAAAAUACAGAACGUGAAGAAAAUGAACGCAACGAAUUAUCUUCGCAAUACGAAGGAAAUGAACAUUACGAAGUAAAUGAACUUUACGUAGAAAAUGGUGUAAACGAAGUUGAAAAAGAAGGGGUCCAAGAAUUUAUAAACGAAAUUGUAAAUCCAGACAUUGAUGAAAUGGAUACAGAUGAAGAGGAUGAGAUGGAAAUGGAGGAAGAAAUGAGUGAUAAUGGGCAAACAAUAAGCCUACAAAUGUUGUUGCACUUGUAUGAUCAUGCAU